GGCAUUUUAUUACCAUGGAAAUUGAAUUAAUUUCUAGAGAAACCAUCAAACCUUCAUCACCAACUCCUUCUCACCUCAAAAUAUACCCACUUUCUUUCAUAGACAACAUUUUGAUGCGUAACUAUGUGCCAUUACUUUACUUUUACAAACCAAACAAAGAUAGUGACCAAAAUGUCAAAAUUUCACAAUUACGUAAAUCUUUAUCUCAACUUUUAUCCAAAUAUUAUCCUUUUGCUGGAAGGUUGAAAGAUAAAAUUACCGUCGAAUGUAAUGAUCAAGGUGUGCCGUUUCUAGUCACAAAUGUCAAAAACAAACUAUCAGAAGUCCUCCAAAACCCUAUAGAAAAAUUGUUGAACCCUUUGUUCCCGGAUGAAUUGCAAUGGAAAGAAAUGGAUUGGAGUGAAACUUUAAUAGCCAUUCAAAUCAACUGUUUUGCAUGUGGAGGAAUGGCGAUAAGUGUUUGCAUGAGUCACAAAAUUGGUGAUGGUUCGACACUUUUCAACUUCAUGAAUGAUUGGUCCAUUAUCAACGAAAAUUUACCAAAAGAAAAAGAAGGAGAAAAAGGGUUAUUAGAAUUACCCUUUCAUUUCCUUGAUGGAGGAGCUUCAAUGUUUCCACAAAGAGAUUUACCUAUUUUUCAAGAACUUGUUCUUAAGAGAGAAAACAAUGUGGUGUGUAAAAGAUUUGUGUUUCAACCCUCAAUGAUCAAGUCCCUUAAGAAAAUGGCAACUUCUAGUUCGGUGCAUUCUCCCACACGUGUACAAGUUGUGACUGCAUGGAUUUACAAAUGCACGGUUUCAAUAACGGGAUUAAAUUUCAAGACAUCAUUGUUUAGUAUGGCUGUUGAUUUUCGCAAAAGAAUGGUUCCUCCGUUGUCUGAAAAAUGUGUAGGGAACAUAUUUUGGUUCUCGUCUAUGUUUGCAGAUAAGAAGGAAAUGGAACUAAAGGAUUUGGUAUGCAAAAUAAAAGAAGGGUUAUCUGAAUGUUGUGACGUUUAUCCAAAAAUAUUUGGAGGGAAAAAGAAUGAUAAUUUGUUAAAAAUAUCUGAAUGCUUGAAACAAGUUACUGAGUCUUAUUCUGAGAAUGGAAAUUUGAUUAGUUUUAGUAGUUGGUGUAGGUUUCCAAUGUAUGAAGCUGAUUUUGGGUGGGGAAAACCAAUAUGGGUGACAACUAGUGCUUGUUACGUGAGGAAUGGGAUAAUUUUGAUGGAUACAAGAGAUGGGGAUGGGAUUGAAGCGGUUGUGAAUAUGGAAGAGAAUGAUAUGACUAAGUUUGAGCAUGAAGUGAAGCUUCUUCAAUAUGCCUCUCUUAAUCCAACCAAUGUUUAACAUGAUGAGUAUGUGGAUCUAUAUAUAUAAUAAUAAUAAUGUGUUGGUGUGGAUAAGUGAUUUUCAAUAAGGAUUGAAUUUUGAAUGUGUUGAAAGAUAAUUGAAAAA